AUGUUAAUGUUCAAUGCUUUUUUGCGGGCAGUGGUAAUGGUUACAAAACGUCAAAAAUUUACUCAACUACUGGAUUAUAUGAAGGUCAUUUAUACGGAAUUGAUGAUGAGAGAUGAUAUAGAAAUACGGCGUAUCAUGCAGGAGCAUACCGAAUUAGCUUUAAAAGUUUCGAAAAUAAAUCUCUUUGUUGGUAUAUUGGCCGGUGUGGGAUUUUCCGUAUUUCCUAUUAUGUCCGACAAGAGAGAAUUUAUUUUUGGCAUAUACCUUCCAUAUCUGGAUGAAUAUCGAAGUCCCUGGUAUGAAAUAUUGCUGACGAUCCAAUGUGUCUUAAAUCUCUAUGGGUUGUGCAUGUUUAUACCCUUCACUGGGAUAUUUGUAUCGUUUAUAAUUUUCGCCAUUGCCAUAUCGAAAAUAUUACAAUAUAAAUUGAAUACAAUUUCCCAAGAGGUUUCUUCGAAAUUAGUUCAAAGGAAAAUUAUCAAAUGUAUAGAAUUACAUUGGAAACUAAUAAGGUUUGUCAAUAAUAUUAACGAACGUAACUUUACCAUAUCCUUGGUAGAUUUAAUAUUAUUUGUUGUUGUAUUGUGCAUUAUGCUGUUAUCAUUUAUUUUGGUCACAACGGUUCUACAAAAAUGCGUUAUAAUAGUUUAUAUUAUAACGGUAUUUUCGCAGCCAUUUAUUUUAUAUUAUUUUUCGAAUGAAGUGUAUUAUGAAAGUUUGGAAAUAUCAACGGCUGCCUACAAUGUAAAUUGGUUCAACUACGAUAUUGAAACUCAAAAGAUGUUGAAGAUAUUUCUCCUUAGAACCCAGAAGCCUUGUGCGGUAUUAAUUAUGAAAACGUAUGUUAUUAAUUUAGGAACUUUACAGUCUUUGCUGAAAUUUACCUAUAGUAUAUUUACUCUAUUGCAACAAUUUUAUGGAUAA